GAAUUUUUAAAAAUGUUUGUUUUCCGAGGGGGUGUUACUGUAAGUUGUCCAAGGCUAUAAAUUGUGUCUAGGAAUUCUUAAGAACGUGAAAUACGCUUGAUUUAGCCAAGGAAAUUUAGAAUCACGACUAAUUGCAUGUGAAUUGGGAUAAAUCCUUUAGAGGACUGGUCACUGGUAUUAAAGCUGUCCAUCUGUUUGGAGUGUGCAAUAAUUUCUAAUUUGAGACGACAGGUGGCAUCAUCCGUGAGUCCAAUGAAACUCAAACGAUUCCUACUACGUUACUUUCCACCAGGCAUUAUACUGGACUACGAACAGGGUGGUGUAACUAAAACCAAGGCAUUAGACCUCUUGGAUUUAACCCCCGAAAGCGAUACAGAGGAACUUGUAAGGGAGAUAUGUGCCAAAGAGCCUUUAGUAACUGAAAAGAGAAAAAUGCAAGUCCAGGAUUUGAUUGAACGCCUAAAGUCCAAGUUAUCCUCCGGUGACAAGUCAAAAUUUGGGCAGUAUAAGAUUUUACGUGCACAUAUCCUCCCUCUCACUAAUGUUGCUUUCAACAAAAGUGGAAGUCAUUUUAUUACUGGCUCGUAUGAUCGUACAUGUAAAGUUUGGGAAACUAAUACUGGGAAUGAAGUGCAUACUCUAGAAGGACACAGAAAUGUAGUUUAUGCAAUCGCAUUUAAUUUACCUUUCUCUGAUAAAAUUGCAACUGGUUCAUUCGAUAAAACUGCUCGAUUAUGGAGCGCCGAAACUGGUGAAUGUCAUUAUAUAUUUCAAGGUCAUACGGCAGAAGUUGUUUGCAUACAGUUCAAUCCAACUAGUAAUAUUAUUGCUACAGGUAGUAUGGAUACUCUUGCAAAGUUAUGGGAUGUAGAAACUGGUAACGAAUUAAUCAGUUUGAAUGGUCACACUGCAGAAGUGAUUGCCCUACAGUUCUCUCAGUGUACUUCAGUUACAACUUAUGGAAUGUCAAGUGGAGAUAAUGGUCCUUAUGCAGACUCUAUAUGUGGUGCAGGCAAUGGUCGUUUAAUAUUAACUGGAAGCUUUGAUCAUACUGUCUGUUUAUGGGAUGUAAGAACUGGUGAACGAACACAUCAUUUAAUUGGACAUGCUGCUGAAGUUUCUUCUGCUUCAUUCACUUAUGACACGUGUUUUGUUGCAACAGCUUCAAUGGAUAAAACUGUUCGAAUAUGGGAUACUAGAACGGGUCGUCAAUUGCACCUACUUACUGGUCAUCAAGAUGAAGUAUUAGAUGUAACAUUUGAUCCUAGUGGGCGACGUUUAGCCAGUGCUAGUGCAGAUGGUACUGCUCGAGUAUGGCAUAUUGGUAUGAGUGGAGAAACAAAAAGUGCCAAAUUUUUGUCUACACUUAUAGGUCAUGAAGGCGAGGUCAGCAAGGUAUGUUUCAAUUCACGAGGUAGUCUAGUAAUGACAGCGAGUGCAGAUAAAACAGCUCGUCUAUGGGAUUCAGAAACUGGUGAGCUGAAAGACAUCCUAUCAGGGCAUACAGAUGAAGUGUUCAGUUGUGCAUUCAACUAUGAAAGUGAUACAAUCAUUACUGGAUCGAAGGACAAUACAUGUCGUAUAUGGAAGUAGUAAUAAUAAUAACUAUUGAAACACUCAUGAAUGAAAUCGCUUUCCUCACCCUAACUUUGUUCUGUGAUCACCUUAAUUCCACUAGAAAGCAUAAACGAGGAUGAUAAUAAUAAUAAUCUCAUAGAAAUGCUUUUUUUAUGUGUUUGCAUUUUCACGACUACCUCGGUGUCAUGUUGGUUAUUUUAACUCAUAUCACUACUUAUUCAUUCAUGUCUUCAUCUUACUGUAGAACAACUCGUACUGUAACAACUGCUGAUAUUACUACCCUUAUUGUCCAUAUAAAUAUUAGAAUUAUAACAAACGUAAUCGUAAAUACGAUUAUAAUAAUAAUAAUAAUAAUAAUAAUAAUAAUAAUAAUAAUAAUAGUGGGCUGAUGAAAGCAUGUUUCGAUGAACAUAUUUUAUUAAUGUAUGCAUGAAAAUAAACAUUU